AGUGCGGAAAAUACGGUAAUUAAGAUCUUAACUGAAACAAAACUGAUACAAUGGCACAACUGUCAUAAGAUUAUUAGAAUGGAUAGCUCAGUGGUAAUGACGCUUGCUGGUGAAGCAAUGGACGAGGGUUUGAGUCUUGAUUUGGGCAUGUUAUUUUUCUUUUUACUAAUUUAACGGCGAUUUGUGAUGACAAUGAAAACCCCUUAUUUAAAAAAAAUUAUUGGGAAAUGUUAUAUGUUUAAAUAUUAAUGCUGACAGAUAUGCCCUCUGCAGUCAUUAAACAUGACAAACAUCAGUAAACAUAUGGAGAGGUUUUUGACUUGUUUUUCUAUUUUGUUUAGGAAAUGUCGGACCAGUAGCGUCGUAAUGUUUUCACUGACACUAAUGUGGUGGUAUAAUUUGCAGCAAACAACGUCCAAGCAUUUCACAAAAAUUGUUAUCACCCAUGCUGCCUGUCAGAAGAGUUGACUGUAGGACUCAGCGCUACAUCAGAAAGAGGAGUUGGGGCAGGGGUUUUACAAAAACGUUAUACCGUUCAUCUUCUGCUAUCACUCAUUGCAUCACCGCAACAUCAAUCUGUGCUGUGUCUGCAUCAGUCAGAGCAAGACGAACAGAGCCUGAGGCUGUGGUGAUGGUGUUGGACUCAGUGGAAGUCUUCAUGGAUCAUGUUGAGGGGGACCACACUGGGGGCAGCAGCUUGGAGCCAGACAAAGCUGCCAAAACCAGCAGCACCAUCAAAACCAAGCGGACACAUCAGGCUGGAAGUAGCAAUGUUUCCAAACAGGAAAAAGUGUCCCAGAACGGGUUUGUGGCUCAGACAGACGCUGCCAGAGUAGUAGAGAGGAAGCCAAAAAUGGGUGCCACAGCCAAACAACCUCUUUGUCGUCUCCUGAGCCUGGACAUAACGCCUCAGCGUUUGCGAGGAUCUCAGGAGCAGAAGGUAGCCAGGCGCCUCGUGCAACCACCUUGGCGCAGUUCCACCGCCCCACCGCCCCCUAAUCGCAGCCUGACUAGCCCCAGUCUGGGCACCCGUGCCUGGAUGCGUCGCAGCGAGAGCUCAUGCUCAGUCAACCACUCCCUGGGGCUACAUGCCAAAAAGGGUCUAAUGCGACCCGCCACCUCCUUGCCACACAUUGCUAAAAGGACGAGAGACCACUCACUGCCUUCCCCAAGCAGGCCAUGCCUGCUUGUUGCCCUCAGACCUUUAAACCUGGAGCAGGAGAAGCACAAGUUCUUCCAGUCUGACUUCAAGUACGAGCCUCAGUUCGAGUAUGCCCAGCCUGAGCCGAGGUCCGUUUUGGACAAGUACAGCGAGGGCUCCAGACUCUUCCUUGAACAGGCUGUUGGAAUCAUGGAGUCUGUCCUGAAUAAGUUUGGCUCCUAUGAGACUUUUGUGGAAGUCACAGGUGGGGGUGUGCUUCCCAAAAGUCAAGUGUGGGCCGCAGUGCGCAAAUAUCUGCAGAAGGAAGGCUGUGUGGGUGAGGUUGUGGUACGUCUGUCUGACGAGCUGCUCUCUCAGGCAGUGAUGGUGGUGGAGAGUUGUCGUCCCACUCUGACCAUCAACUUGGCCGGAGCCCGUCAGCACUGGCUGGAAGGGAUGCUGAGACACGAAAUAGGCACACAUUAUCUGCGAGGGGUCAACAACAGUCUUCAGCCUUGGUCCACUGCAGACGGCAGGAAGCAGUUUGGCCUCAAGCCGGCUAACCCCACUGAGGAAGGGCUAGCCAGCCUGCAUAGUGUGUUGCUACGGAAACAGCCGUACCUUUGGCGUGCGGCUCUUCUUUACUAUACGGUUUUCCAUGCCGGCAAAAUGAGCUUCAGCCAGCUCUUCAGCCACAUUGCACGCUUUGUUAAGGAUCCAGACGUCCGCUGGGAAUACUGCCUGCGCGCCAAGAGGGGACAGACGGACACGUCGCAGCCCGGCUGCUUCAGUAAAGACCAGGUUUACUUGGACGGGAUCCUCAAGAUACUUGGCCAUCGGAGGGACAUUGACUUCAAGAUGUUGACUUCCCUGGGAAAGGUGUCCUAUGAAGAUGUGGAGAGGCUACGCUAUUUAGCAGUGACCACGAACGCCAGAAUCCCACAUUUCAUGCGAGAUGAAGACCGCUACCUUCAACACUUGGAUCACAUUGUCGCUGUCAACAAACUGGACGAUGCAGCAUUGCAACACAUGCUACCAUGAGCACCUGGAUGCUGCUUAUUAUGCGGCACUUCUGAAUAGCACUUAAAUUAUUCAGUAUUAGCGCCGCUCUAUCUGAGCAACUUUUAGAACUUGAAUGAUACAAACAAAAAGAGAGGAAAAACACUACUUUUGUCCAGCGCAUGACUGUAAGGCUUUUUACACACAACCUCACAUUCACUCGUUCCUGCUAUGAUGUUACCU